UCCCAGAAGGCUGUGCGCACUUUCGGUUCCCGAGUGAGAAGGCCAGCUGAUUUCCUGCGUCUUUAAAAUGGUCUGCCAUUAAACAGCUAUUCUGUUUGUGUUUGCGUAGUUUAAGAACGAAAAGAAAGCGAAACGAUUUCGAAUGUUUGAUCAGCAGUCUAUCUGUGAGAACGUGAAAGUUGUAGGGCGCAUUUUGCGCUGCCCUGUGACGAUCAUAAAGCACCGUACAUUUUCCCUUUUCUCAUUUGAGAUACUUCCCUUUUAAAACGCCAGCACCCUGAAUGGUAGUCGGAGCAGGAUUACUGAAACUUCGUACGACUCGAAUCUGAGUGUGUGUGAUUUAAUCACAGCGUGGUCCUGUCUGAUAUCUUCACUUAUCGGGGUGGUGGAGUGCCUGUCGAUGGUGUGCCGCUGCCCCAGGGGUCCUGCUGCGCUAGCCGGGAGUACAGCUUUCUGGGCUUUAGGGAGAACCUGAGUGACUGACCACUUCAUCGGGAGGAAUCAGAUACUGGGAAGCAGUAUGACCUCGCAGCACGACUCAGAUACGCAGGUGAGACUUCGCUUAAUCUUAGUCAGUGGGAAAACUGACGAAUUCACAUUCUCAUCCAAUGAUUCUGCAGCAGAUAUUGCCAAACAUGUGUAUGAGAAUUGGCCAGUGGACUGGGAAGAUGAACAGGUGAGCAGCCCGAACAUCCUGCGGCUGAUUUACCAAGGUCGCUUCCUGCAUGGCAAUGUCACAUUGGGAGCUUUGAAGUUACCACCAAGGAGAACCACUGUGAUGCACCUUGUGGCUCGUGAAAAUUUGCCAGAGCCCAACUCCCAUGGUCAGAGAAAUCGAGAAAAGACCACAGAAAGCAGCUGCUGUCUACUGUUGUAAAUCGUCUUCAGUAUUACAGUCAUAUUUCCUUUUAACCUCAUUGUCCUAAAACCCUCUGCAUAAUGAGGGUAAAAAAACAUGAAAUCGAUCCCUUAAAGAAGGCAAAUUAAUUAGAUCUACUUUUGUUUUCUUCCCUAAAAUUGUGCUUAUGUUUUGUAAAGCCUAAUCGUUGUCAUGAGCCAAAUGCCCAGCUCUAGCACAAUUCCCUCUCAAUGCCUUGCCAUGUGGACAGCUGAAGACAAAGAAUGAUGCAAUGGAAAGAUAUUGCAAAAAACAUGUAGAGUACAUAAUUUUGGCAAUUGAAAUAUCUGCUGUAUAACUACAUUUUGAGUUGUUAACUUGUUUCCUCCUCCUGGGCAAUAAUGGUUUUAUGUAAAGAUGUGCUGUGGAAACUUGGCCAAUGAGGAAAGACUGAAAUGAAAAUUGAACUAAUUCUACAAGCAAGUGACAAGAAAAUAAGAAAUUGCUUACUGACUUGUGUGUACAUUUUUGACAAUGUUGCAACAAAACAUCCUCCGGACUUUAAAGAUUAAAGGCCACAAUUGCUGUUUUGGUGCACUGGCAAGCCAUGUACAGUAUUUCUUUUAAUGAAGCUGGUGCCAAGCCAUGUGCUGCUAAACUAAAGUAUGUGUUCUCAAUGUGAACAACUUGACUGAUUUCUAAAGGAAGAGGAGCCAGCAAUGGAAGGAAGAAAUCAAAUUCAAGCAUGAAGUAUCUCUGAAUAUUGUUUGUUUUUGUGUGUGUAAAUAAAAUGGUUUAAUACUGGAUUUAAAGGACUUCUACAUUGUAAAUUUGAUUGUCAAUGAAGAGGCAAAAAAGAUGAGUGAAUACAAAUAAGUCCAAGCGGUUAGUUCAGCGAGGUUUAUUUCAGAUCAUGGUGUGCCUAAUUAGUAUUGCUGUAGUCAUUACAUUUUGGUCAUUUGUUACUUCAUUGACAGGCAUUGAGGUAAUCUAGAUCAGAGUGAUGCCUAAAAAUGGCAUUGUAGUGACAAGUUUAUUACAUGGUAAUGUGCCUUGGGUACGCCUUUUUAAGAAUCUUCAGAACUAGAACGUUUUCCAUAUUUUAAAAAACAAUGGAUUUCAAUUGUAUGGUCCCCACUUCCACAUAUGCUUUUCCAUUAAUUGUCAUUGUAAUUAGCUUGAUGGUGGUGACCUGGAGUCUAAAAUUGGCAAAACAAAUUCAACUUUGACUAGAUUGUUGACCAUAAGAAAUCUAAUGGCAAAAUUUGGACUUGUUAUGACCACCCUGGACAACACACAACUAGUUUGAGACACCUAGCUUGACAUGGACCUUUAUGGGUUUGUUGUUGUCUUUCUUGACCUGGUUUGAGUAAAAUUUACAAGCAAGCGGCUUUUUGUUUAUCUAUUUUCCUUUAAUUUCAAAAAGCAAAUUACUGCAAAUCAAAAGUCUUAUUUAUUAAAUUAAAAUAAAGAAUAUUAGUGAUUAACAUACCUAAUGUUAAACCGAGAUCGUCAUUCCUAUUCCUUAAGAGCAACAGAAUACUCUGUUCUACUUCCUGCCAAUAAAUCACUGAAUGAUGCACUAAAUUUAAAAAAAAAAAAGUGGGUGUUGCCCUCUGGUUUACGGUUCCUAAACUGUUUUUGAAUGUGAACAUAAGGAAGGUACAGUCAUUUAUAUAAAAGUGAAUAAUCAGUUAAUCCCAGACAGGUUACAGAAUUGAAUCCUGUCAUGUCACUAGUUUAAUCAUAAGGUACAUCCUUGUGCUAUAUAGUCAACAUUGUUUUCUUUAUUAAAAAAUCUACUUGUCUUAUUAAAUCCAUAUUGCAUUAUUAAUUUGCCUCUAAAUCAGGUUGUGCACUGUUUCCAAUGGAAAUAAAUGAUAUGGAUGGUAUUAAUAAAAAAAAAAAGAUUUUGUUAGAAAAUAUAACAAAAGCCAAAUGGAGAAGUGAUAAGUCUGAGUACUGUCAUUUUUCUGAAUGUAAUAAAGUAGUGUGUCUGCUCUUUGAA